AUGGCAUCCAGAUUUGUCGAGACAGCCUCCUCGAGGAAACUGCAUUGUCUGCAGACUGGUGAUCCAAGAGGCCAACUCAUAAUCUGCCUCCACGGCUUGGGAGGCUCCGCAGAAACUUUCAAACCUCUUUUGCCCAGCUUACCACAGGCCUACAACAUUGCCUGCUUGGAUUUCCCUGGCUUCGGCGCAAGCCCCGCCCUAACCGAGCGUCCCACGAUUGCCAGCUAUGUGUCCGACCUGCACGAUGUCGUCACAUCUUUUCAAGCAGCUGAUGAAAGUCCACAAGACUCUCAAAAGGUAAUCUUGGUCGGACAUUCCCUCGGUUCGGCCAUUGUGCUGCACUUUACUGCCCAGUAUCCCUCACUUGUCGCUGCGAUUUGCCUGCUAGGAGCUACCCGAUCGGCUUCGCACAUUCCUGCCGUGCAGGCCAGAAUGCUAGACAUGGCAAAGAACACUCGGGAGAAGGGUGCGGCAUGGGCAGCCGAGCUGGCCAGCAGAUCGAACUUCCCGCCGCCGGAAAUGCGCGACGUGGAUGAAAAGCUGCGCAAGGAGGUGUAUGAUGCCGUGGCGGCUUCAGACGCCGAGGGUUACGCAUUGACUUGUGAAAUGAUGGCGGACGGCUCGCACAAGGAUCCAGACUACACCAAGAUCAAGUGUCCAGUCCUCCUAAUCGCGGGGGAUCUUGAUGUCAUCAGUCCAGUAGAGCGAUCAAAGGGUCUAGUUGAUAUUAUAGGAUCGGAUUUAUGUACCCUGGAGAUCGUCAAGUCUGGGCAUCAGCCUAUCAUUGAGGAGCCGGAUGCUGUUGUGCGAGCCGUGGGACAAAUGCUCCAGAGAGCCCAGGCUUGA